GGAGUAUAAGGAGAGAGGGGAGAUGGAGCAGAAGGAGAGAGAGAAAGAGAGGGGGAGCAGAAGGAGAGAGAGAGCAGAGGGGGAGCAGAAGGAAGGAGAGAGAGGGGGCAGAGAGAGAUGCGUGCUGAGCAGUUGGAGGUUGAGGACGGCGUCUCUGAGAGAGCUCAGUCAGCGCUGCUCUUUAAAUCACACAUCUCCUCUCAUCACUAAAUCCACUCGUUUCUCGCUCUCCCUCGUUCCUCUGAAACAAUCCAGGACUCUUCUCUCCUUCGGCUUGUCUGGGUAACGCCUGCUGUUUGCUCCCUGUAGCGUAUCAGGUUCCUGAGUAAUCACACUCUCCGCCGGUGGCAUGUGGGAAACCUCGGGAUCCAAUAAUCACAGCUGGAGGAGACGCAAUCACACAGAAAAGAUGGGAAAUGCCUCUGAAACUUCCAUUAUUUCAAAGAUAUCUAAAGAGCAUGACUUUCUUUUGGGGAUGAUCCUCACCAUCUUUGUUUACACAGCGUCCCAACUUUACUGGAAUUUGGGUUGUAUGUUUCUUUAUUAUUUAUUCAUAUAUUGUGUGGAUUAUUUGGAUGUUUGGUUCUUUCUUUCUUUCUUUCCUGUGUCAGGUGCAUUCUCUCUGAUGGGGAAUGCUGUCUUGCUCUUGGUGGCCUAUCAGAAGAAGUCAUCUCUCAAACCGGCUGAGUUUUUCAUCGUCAAUCUGUCUAUCAGUGACCUGGGCAUGACCAUCUCUCUCUUCCCCUUUGCUAUUUCCUCUGCUUUCUCUCACAGAUGGCUCUUCACUGAAUCAGUGUGUCUCUUUUAUGCGUUCUGUGGUGUACUCUUUGGCCUGUGCAGUCUCAGCAAUCUGACCGUCUUAUCCUCCGUCUGCUGGUUUAAAGUCUGUCGCCCCAACUACGGGAACAAGUUCUCCUCGUCCCACGCCAUGUUGCUGGUGGUCGGGGUGUGGUGCUUCUCCGCCAUCUUCGCUGUAGGUCCUCUAUCAGGAUGGGGUCAGUACAGUUAUGAGCCCUAUGGCACCGCCUGCUGUAUCGACUGGUUCGCUCCUCACGACAACCUUCUUGCCAUGUCCUACAUCAUAUGCCUCUUCUUCUUCUGCUACAUCGUACCUUGCACCAUCAUCUUCCUCUCCUAUGCCUUCAUCCUGGUGACAGUGCGCGGGUCUCAACAGGCUGUCCAGCAACACAUGUCUCUACAGAACAAGCUCGUCAAUGCUCAAACCCACAUCAUCAAGCUCUCCGUGGCUGUAUGCGUAGGCUUCCUGGUAGCAUGGAGUCCGUACGCUGCUGUAUCCAUGUGGGCGGCGUUUGUGAAUCAGGACGCAGUUCCUCCGAUAGCAUUUGCCACAGUGGCUGUGUUUGCUAAAUCCUCCACCCUUUAUAACCCCCUUAUCUCCCUGGGCUUCAAACCGAACUUCCGCAGGUCCCUUCGCAGAUGGACGUUGUGCUUAUGCCUGUGCCGGCGGGAGAUGGUGCGGAAAAACACAGACAAGGAAAACUGUCAUUUCACUCACACCUCCAAUGGACAUCACACAGGCCAAUGAACUCGCAGGUACUACCUGGACCACACUUCUGGUCCCUGUUUGGACAUCAGUCCUCAAAUGACGGUCCAGAUCCUGACUGGCUUCACACGCAGCGACGUACUGUAGCAGUCAGUCAGAUAUCCAAUGAGAUGCAGAAUGACUUCCUUUAGAUCCAUCCAGAAUACUUCCUUUGUGUUGCUGCACAAACAGGAAAUCAAUACGCCUCAAAUUUUCUGCCAAGAAGAACCUUGGAGGAUCCUUGGAAAAAAACUGGGAUUGACCGUGCACAUCAAACAGUACUGAUGAACAUGAUAUGAAGAGAAGGUGUCGAAGGAUCUCUCAAUCAAGCCUCAAAUCAAAGUUCUAUGUUUAAUAUUACUGUGUAACGUUCAUUUAAUGGUAAUGUUGACUUCUUUAGUCAUGUGACCCUGAAUGUUAAUUAAAUAAUAUACAGACCAAAACCAGUCAACUACA